AUGGCAAGAAGGGCACCCAACUCACGCCCUGUUCAUCCUUGCUACUUAUCGAUAUGGGAGGGCAGUGGAGGCUGCGAGUUUUCGACGUGGGCCAGUAUUGACGCUGAAACCGAGAAUGAUGUGCCAAACUUGGUGACAGCCCAGGGAUCAACUCUGACAAUUUUUUCGAUCGACCAAGCCACCGGGAAGCUACUGUUCCUUGAAAGUUUCCCAAACCUCUAUGGAAAUGUUUGCUUCAUAGAGACAUUGAAGAAUCCAAACCGAAAUCACAGCGAUUCGCUACUGCUCGGUUUCUCGGGCCUUCCACGUUUGGCAGUUGUGUCUGUCAAAAAAUCAAGCGAAAAGCUCCUCCUUGGAACAACGCUGCUCGACUUGACAUUACCAUUACAGGAGCUCUCAUAUGGUUCUGUGGCGCCUUUAGAACAAGAUCUGCAGGCAACCCUGCUACAGAAUCCAUCCAACACUGCCACAGUCGUGGUAACCCUUGGAGGCGGCGUGUCGAUGGCAUGCUUGCAAUUAAAGUACACGCAAGCAGCAGGCUGGCAAUCGAUAAAUGAGGAACCUUAUGUGUUGCCACUUCAAAGCUUGUCAGCUGCUACCCUGGAUGAAUCAGCGGGUGCAAAUGUCCUUGGCUCUGGGAAUAGAGAUUUGAAUCAAUCAAUCGUAUCAGGAUUUGGGGAUAUCUUGGGCACAGCAUUUUUGCCAGGUUACUUGGAACCUACCAUGGUAGUCUUACAUUCCAAUCCUCUAUCCGGGGGUCGAGCAUGGCCAGGUCGAUUAGGUCGUGAAUCGGGCGGUACGAGACAUGGAAUGAUACUUUCGUCAAUUGCGUUGACCGUGAGCCAUUGUCGUUCAGCGAUUCUUUGGUCGACACAAGUACCAGCAGAUGCAUUGCAGGUAUAUCCAACUAGCAAUGGGUGUCUUGUCCAUUGUGCAAACUCCAUGCUUGCUGUAGGUAAUACGGGGCAAAUUCAACAGUGCCUCGCUGUGAAUGGAUGGGUCAAAGCCUCUGUGCCCUCGGAAAUCACAGUAACCCCGAAUCCGUGGCCUUUUCCAAAACUUGCCAUUGCCUUGGACGGUGCAAAAAUUUCUUUUGUGACUGAUAAGGCUGGUUUCUGUGUCUUGCGACACGGGCAAGUUUACCUUUUGCAAUACACCGAUUCUUGGUCUCUGCUUCCGCUGUACACGAACAUAGGAGCACUUGGGCAAAUUGAGAAUUUGACAUGCUGGCCCCUAGGCAAAGUCAUUAGUAGUAAGGUCUUGGAAGGAAAGCUCUCUGGGAUCGACAAGUCGAAGCUCAGUGUUAUGGACACGGGGCUAUUGUUUGCUGGAAGUCGUCUCGGGGAUUCCUCUCUGCUUGGCUUUGCACUUGAGACGACGUCUGUGGCUGAUGCAUUGGAAGGAGACUCGAUAGUACAUCCAAAGCUCGAGCCGUACUCUGUUUCAGCAAUGCCUGGGGAAGGCGAGAGUUCCGAGUACGACAUGAUACUUGAAGCCGAGGAAGAGGCUUUAUACGCUGCUCCAACAACGACAGAUGGCAGUCCUACCUUAAUCCCAGCCAGCGAUGAUGAAUAUACCGAUUCGCUGUCCAUACAAGAGAGAAAGCGUGCUAGAUUGAGUCGGCUAUUCCUCGCUCGCUCGCUGACAGUCCUUGAUUCUCUGACUGCACUGGGACCACUAGGAUCUGGAUGUACAGGGCCCCUUUCUGAGGCCAUUACGCCAACAACAGAGGAGGAGAUUGUACUGGAAGAAAAGACACCCUCGCUAGGUGCAACAGGAUACAUUUUUCCUUGUGGUUAUGGAUCUAGCGGUGGGUUGGCGCUCUUAACAACUCCUGGAAGAGAUGACAGAAGCAUUGUAGCGGAAGAAGAUUGCGUUAGUACUUCUGCGAUGUUUAGUCUCCCGGCGCAUCGCUUAGUAGUUCUAAGUAUGGAGGUUGGUAUGCGUUUCCUUCGUUUAGAGGAAUCCUCUGGGGCGAAUAGUAGCGUGAAAGUCGACGAGGCUGAGCAAGUCCAGCAGGACAAUGCGGUACUGAAAGAAAUUGAUUUGGAACAAUGGUGCACAGCAGAUGCACUUCAAUCAUUGAGCAUUAAUAGUUCUGUGCUCUUGACGGCUGGCGAGAUCGCUUCCCAAGACUUCUUUGUCGUUCUUGGAAUACCAAACGAAAACGCAUCUAUGACAUAUAGCUGCCUCCUCCUGAGUGAAGGCUCAGGUCAAUUGAGCGUGAAAUUUAAUUUUGACAUGUCGAUACCAAAUGAUGAGGUAGUCUCUUCGUUGACACCGUUCUGCAAAGAUACGAUGGGUACAGAAGUGCUAAUCGCAUGCACUUUUUUCUCGGGUGGCUCAAAGUUGUUCAGGUUUAGCAACGAAGGUGCCUUCGAAACAAGAAACUUCGACGCUGAAUUGGGGAUGGAUAUCGAUAGCGAAAGCAAUGAAGACGAAGAAGCAGCCUUCUACUCACGAGGCAACGUCGUGUCUAUGGACGUUUUCCAUGCGCCAAAAGGGGCAUUUUCGCUCCAUACGUCAGAUCCAAGUGACAAAGAGCUUCAGAUGACUGACAAUAGUGCUGUUAGCGAUGAUGACGACGAUGAUGAGGGGUUGUAUGGCAGUUCGAACGAUGAACAUGAUGAACAGAGCAGGAGGCCUGCACAGAAAGACGAUGGCACUCCUGAAUAUGGCACUCCUGAAGAAUUUGUGUCCCUCGUAGCGAUAUGUAGGCAGUCUGGCAAGCUGGAAAUCUAUUCGGUAUCAGAUGUUUUUUCAGAUAAAGAGGCUUCGCCACUUUUUGUUGCCUUCGGAGCAAGCCAUGGUGUUUCCGAACUGCAAGGCAUCACAGUUCCUAGGUUGCCGCGUUCUCACACCGUCUCUGCAAGCGAGAUCAGGUUUUUCUUCUGUGGUCCCUCGAGCAAAACAAAAGGAAAGUUUGAUGCCUCGCGUAUCUUUUGCCUUGCAAUAGAAACAAACCAUGGAGACACACUUCUGUACAGUGCAGAGCUGUCUCGUCGAACGAAGACUGUGGAAUCAUUCACUAGAGUUCCAACGAAGCACAUCACCAGACCAAGUCGAGAACAAGGAAAGCACCUCACCAAACUUCGCCGACAUCGCAUGGUGUCUCAGCGUGACGAGGGCAAACAACAAUUCCGCUACAACCGGCUGUUUGCCUUUCAAAACCUCUCUGGUCAAGAUGGAUUGUUCGCUGCUGUUUCUAGACCUGCCUGGUUCGUCGCUGAACGGGGUCGACCAAUGAUGCUAUGUCAUCGAUCUAGGCAUGCUGCUCCGGCUGGUGCUAGUCCAAGGCCUGUAACCGGAUUUUGCUCUGGACUUUUGCAAGCUGCUCCAGGAUUGGAUUGGGGAUUUAUGACUCUCCAUGAACGAGUUGGUCGAGUAGGCAGUCAACGCAUCACUGUUUUCGACAGUUUGUUGGAUCUUUCCUCAUCGCAUGGAUUGAUUCCUGGAGGAGGCAUUUUUGUUCAAAAAAUACCUCUCGGAGUUACGGUGAGGCGAAUUCAGUUGAUCGAGGGUACAGGCUCAAAACCGCUAUAUGCAGUUAUGAUAUCCAGAGAAAAUGAAUCAGAUCUUAGCCUUUUGAAUACAGACGGCUUAAGUGCAGAAGAACGGCAGCGAAUAGCCGAGGAGAAAGAAAACGCCAUGAUUAAGCGACAAGUAGAAGCUGAUCUAGGAGGUUUUGAUAUGGAGCAAGAAUGGGUGGAAGAGAUCGAACGUGAAGACUGUUUCCAAGUAGACACAAAACUUGGCGGUGCUCCGCCAAUUCCGAGUAGCACCCAUUCUCUAUGGAUAGUAGAUCCAUCAGCUGGUUGGGUCGUGAUGGAUUCUUACGAACUCGAACAGCAUGAGCAUGCAAUGACGAUGCAAGUUUUGAACCUGAGCGAGUUUACAGAGGUACCUGGAACAGUAAAUGAUACAUCAAUCUCCGAAGAAGACCUGGAGACCCGACCAUUUAUUGCGAUUGGAACCGCUAUUGUUGACAAGGAUGGUGAAGAUGUCAGUGGAAAGGGUCGAGUGCUUCUCUUUGAGUUGAAACAAAACGUGAGCAGGUCCUCCAAUGCCCAACCAGAACUUAACUUUGUGUAUGAGAAGACUAUAUUCCAUGGACCCGUGACAUCCUUGAGCUGCCUCAUUAGUGAAGGAAAGAGUCGCCUCGUUAUCGCUGCUGGAGCUGAUAUUAACGUUGAACAAUGGGGUGCAGAUAAGCUGACUCAAGUUGGAUUUUUUAGGGCGACAAUGUCAAUUUCGGAUACAAAGCUCUUCAAAAACUUUAUGGUUUUGAGUGACGCGUACGACUCGUUAUACUUUCUAAUUUGGAGAGAGUCUGACAAGAGUUUAACCUUACUGGCGAAAGACUAUGACCCCAUUCCUGUUUAUGCUUCAGGGCUGUUGAGCCGGGGUGGAUCUCUUGACAUUGUUUGCCAUGAUGACAGGGAGAAUUUGCAAUUUUUCCAGUAUGCCCCUGGAGAUGCAGCGGCAAGAGGUGGUAACAGGCUCGUCUGUAGGGCAGACUUUCAUCUUGGAUCCCAGACAACGGAUCUUCAGAGUUACUUUUGUAGGUCUAGUCUUCUGGUGAACAGUUCGACCCCAUCAAGUUCACUUGCAGCUCUGAAGCAACAAGACAAGCUUUACGGAAAAAGCGAUGAUGAUCAACGACUAGGAGUUCACUUCGGCACAAGCGAUGGAGGCUACGGAGCGAUUGUUCCGUUGAGUGAACCAAUAUAUUGGCGAUUGACUGCAUUGCAGAGUGUCAUGGUCAACGCAUUAGAGAGUGAUUGUUCUCUGAGUCAACGUGCAUGGAGGCUAUACAGAAGGACCCCGAGGAGAGGUGGGUGCCGCCAAAAUGAAAGAAAGAAGGGAGUUAUUGAUGGCGAUCUAGUGACAAGGUUCAUUGAUCUACCAAUUUCUCAUCAGGAAGAAAUUGCCAGUGCAAUUGGAUCUACUGUCGAUUUGAUUCUUGACAAUCUUCUUGAGCUCGCAUGUUCCACAAAGGUAGUAUAG